AGGCGCCCCUACAUGUAAAGUAUUUAGAAGAGUGUCUGGUGCGCCGCAGGUGCUUCAUAAGUACGAGUCAUGGCUGUUAUCACCGUAGGAUAGGGAUGAUUUCUGCCCUUCCUAAUUCAUAGGGUGAGCAUGGGAAACAUGGGAAAUAAGGUCUGUGAAUCGAAAGCACUCGCUCAGUGGGAGGAAUUAUCUUUCGAGAGCAUGCACAUUCAAAGGUUUAUUUGCACAUUGUCCCUAGGAUCAGAUAACUGAUGGAUAUUUCUUUGGUGAUCCGGUAGUCUUAUAUUUUAUAAAAAUGCCGAGGCCAUCAAGCCACGAGUACUGUGCUUUUCCCCUCCCAGUGUACUCAAGGGCGCUUGAGAGUCAUGCACCUCAAGUAAAGUGGUUUGAGGACUUGAAAUGAAAAGCAAUUACACUCUUCCCCCAAUGCUGCUAUCUUAGCUGGUGGCACUGCAGGCCGUCUAGUGACCCCGGUUAACUCCCUUGAAACCGGGGCGCAUUUCCAUUCCUCCCUGUUCCUCCCUUGCAUCAUCACCAUGUCAGAGUGGUCUUGGUUCUGUCUUUUAUCAUCUCUUCCAUCUGUCUCUUCCGUCUUUGAUUCCUCUGCCCUAAUUCAUUUGGUUGUUCAUCACCAUCACCAUCACCAUCUGGCUUACUAUGGCAGCCUCCCGACUGAUUCCUGCUCUGUUUAUCCUUUACGCUGCUGCCGGAAUGAUACAGGUAACGCACAUGCUGGGUCAUGGCAUUCCAUUGCUCAAAAGCCUUCGAGAGCUCCCUAUUACCUUACGUCUUAUGCAUAUUCCUUAUGGUGCCCUGAGCUGCUUUUGCCAAUCGUUCAUAGGCAUGCUUUCCCAGUGAGUCGCCAUGUAGGUCCCACAUCCUUUUUAGCAUAGCAUUUUAGGCAGCGACUGUCAAUCGUUUGGAGUUGGCACAUAGACUAGGGCUGGCAAAUAGAUAAACUCUUUAGAGAAAGCCUGAACUCCUUAUGAUGAUAGGAUUCAGGGUCACCUAUGGUCUUUCUCUCCAACCUUAUCCUCUAGUACAUUCUUCUUCCAUGUGUGCCUCUCUGAGUUUAUACUCUGUUCAUGCCAUACCCUCAGCCAGAAAUAUUCUCUUUUCUCUUCCUGUUGAAAUGCUAGUCAUCAUUCAAGGCUCAGCCCAAACACUGCCUCUUGUGAAGCUCUCUUCAAGCCUCCACCCCAGAUUUAGCUGCUUUUGUCUAUUUUAGCAUUUAAUUCUGCCUUGUAUUACAUAAUUGUUUAUGUAUCUUCCUGCUCCUUAGAGUGUGUGUUCCCUGAAUGCAAAGCCUGUGUUUUUAUGAAUUGCUGUAUCCCCCACAGCAUCUAGUGCCUACUAGACUCCUAAUUUGGAAAAAAAUCCCUGCGUUUUUCAGAUGAGGGAACUGAGGCUUAGAGGAAAAGGGUCAUGAGUUCAUUCUGGGACUUGUUCAGUUUCCGAGGCUUGAGACCUCGAGGCUGGAAUGGCCAGCAGGCAGUUGAGCUGUGGUUAGGGCUAGAAAUGUCGAUUUAGGGAGCUGUCUGGAGGAGAUAGAGGACUGAGAACGUCGUGCCAGUCAGGGAAGAGAAGGAAGAAAAGUAUUCCGUGGACUGCCUGCUUUGUGGGGCAGAGAGAAGACUCGGCGAGGGAGUCAUCCAGGAAGUGGAAGGAGUUUCAGGCAGCAGGAGCGGGUCCCCUGUGCCAUGUGAUGCCACGAGGGGGAGACCCAGGAGGCCUUGAGAAAGGGCGGUUGGAAUUGAUCUUUCUCCUGGCCUGCCCUCCAUGUCCUGGGGCUAUCGUCGUCUUCAAGCUUCAGAUGCACAUGCUGAAUGGAGCGCUUCUAGCUCUGCUGUUUCCUGUGGUAAAUACCCGGCUGCUCCCCUUCGAACUGGAGAUUUACUACAUUCAGCAUGUUAUGCUCUACGUGGUACCCAUCUACCUGCUUUGGAAAGGAGGUGCUUACACCCCAGAGCCCCUCAGCAGUUUCCGGUGGGCCCUUCUCUCAACUGGCCUCAUGUUCUUUUACCACUUCAGCGUCUUGCAGAUCCUGGGCCUGGUCACCGAAGUGAAUUUGAACAACAUGCUGUGUCCGGCCAUCUCAGACCCAUUCUACGGCCCCUGGUAUCGCAUCUGGGCCUCGGGACACCAGACUCUCAUGACCAUGACCCACGGGAAGCUGGUCAUCCUGUUCUCAUACAUGGCUGGGCCCUUGUGUAAAUAUCUGCUGGAUUUGCUCCGGCUUCCAGCCAAGAAAAUAGACUGAAGGACCAAGGAGGUUCCGCAGCCACCUUGGCCAACGUUCCAGAUGCCAUUUGGCAGGACAUGGGAGCUCACCGUGUGUGUGUCUGAGAGCGUUCAGAGAAGAGGACAGUUUCUUUUCAAACAGCCCCAGGAAGGGAAAUGAGUGCUUCUCCAGCCCCUUGGGUAGCCUCUGCCAAGGAUCUGGGCCAACGCGAAGGGUCUGCUUUGCUGGCCAGCUUGCGGCAGCAGUUCAGAAUAGCCGAGGUGAUCAUGCCUGCUUCCGGCCCCAUCCCUCUUCCCAGUAUUGGGUUCUGUACAACCAAAGAUGGUCCGGCCCCCAUCUUCUUCCCGGAGGCCCAGGGACACGUUCGUCUGUCCGUGCAGAGGGCGGUUGGGUUUAGUGGGACAGUCCGCUUACUUUGCCAUCUGCCACCUCCAGCCUAGCCUCUGUUAGGGCUCUCCUCUCUGUGCUCCUUGCUAAUUCAGUGUUUUGUGGAGUGGGCACAGCUCCCCACCAACAGCAAAUUGUCCAUCUGUCUCCAUGCACUGGUGUUGGGGCCUGGUGGGCCCCCCCCCCCCCGGCGGAGUUGGGCACCUCGGGGGCGGGGGGGGUACCAGAAAGCCAUUCCUCCCCCUCCCUGGAAUUGUAGCCGUUGAUCCGGAGUCCUCUGUCCUCUUUGGGAGACUGAAGGGGAGGUGGAGGAGAACCUUCUUCUUCUGUAUAUAGAGUGAGCCAGUCCGUGCUCAGGAAAACCUGAUGGCUUGUUGUUGCCGCUGUUACUUUUUUUUUUGUACACUGGUUUGCUCCUCGUGGCACGGAACAAAACAAAGCAAAAGUCGUCUCAAGCAAAGCUGUUGUUUUUGGAAACUUGCUUUCUUUCAGUGUGAGUUUUGUACUAUAAAGAAUUCUUCAUUUAUAUCGAUGUUACUGUGGUAGAGAGAAUAAGAUGGUCUUAUUUUUGCCAGGGAAUUGGCAAAUGCCUCUGGCCCGCCCCCCCCCCUUCCCCAUCCCCAGGUGGAUUUGCUGUGUACUAGGCAGACCCCUCCCUGGCACUCCGCACCCAGGGGCCCCCUUUAGAACCAGUCUUCGUAAGCCCCCUAUAUUUUUGCCAAGCUGGUGUGCUCGCUGCCGCCCACCACCCCCCCAAACCGGUUUGCUCACCUCCCGGGGCAUUUUGUAAUGCGUUUUCUCUGUUUUGUAAAAACCUUUUGAUUGUACCAAAAUGGUUUCUGCAGUCACCUUUGGAAAUAAAUGGUCAUUAAUUUGUGUACCUAGCAUUCUAGAAUUUUAGUCUUAGGUGUUUCUGUGGUUGAAGAUCCCCGAAUGAUAAAGGACCCCUCACCACGGGACUUAACUGUUACAAUGUUUUCUUCAUUUACCCUUAUUAAAAGAUUUAUGAGAA